AUGGACACCGCCACUAACUCUAAGAAUGCCGUGCAACAAGUGGAUGAAGGUAGUCACGAUGAACUUACGCCUUCUAACCCAGCUGACGCUGAGCAAGUUGCCCGAAAGCAGAGACAAGUCAACGGCUGCAAGACCAACCCGCAUCAGUCAGGGAAAAAGGAAUUUAAAGUUAAAGACACACCGAUUUUGGUAAUCAACGACAACGGCAAGUUCUACGCUACAUCUGGCCGCUGUCCGCAUUAUGAUUUUCCAUUGGAAAAGGGUAUUUAUUCACGUGGUAAAAUUCGUUGUCCAUUACAUGGAUCGUGUUACAACGUAAAAACCGGUGAUAUCGAGGACUAUCCGACUUUUGGCAGUCUGCACACGUACGACGUGAAGGAACAGGACGGAGAUCUCAUUAUAAACACUACCGAAAAACAAUUGGAAUCAACAAGAAGAACUCCAUUGUGUGGCAUCAAAUCGCUAUC